GUCAAGAUCAGCUGCUAGGAUAGCUCCAUCUGAUCUAUCAUAGAUUCACUCAUGGAGGUGGUUGAAUUGAAGGUAGAGAUGGUUGGCAUACACGAGAAAAGAUUGCGCAAAUGCUUAUCCAAAUUAAGAGGAAUAGAGAAAGUAGAAAUAGACGGGAGAAGUCAAAAAGUAACCGUGACGGGGUAUACUCAUCGGAACAAGAUACUCAAAGCAAUUAGACGAUGCGGCCUAAAAGCCGACUUUUGGUCCACCCAAAAUGAGCUCCUCAAUGCUUAUGUUGCAUCCUCUUCUUCCACCUUCUCCGCCUUCUCAUUCACUAAUCAUACAUUUUUCUAG